AUGAGCAAGACGGAAUAUAUCCGACAAGAGUUUGGACUGUUGGAUAUAGAUGGACUUGAGUAUCACCGUUGGAUGGUUGAUGUGAAGAUCGCUUUCGUAGCAAAAGAAUGCACCCACACCAUCACACCCUCUACUGACAAAGAUGCUGUCCCAACAACUGAAAAAGAAAAGGCUGAAGCCCUCCGAUAUUUGAAGGCACAUAUUGACCCUAAUCUCCUUUGGGGAUACCAACACAUAAUGUGUCCUAAAGAACUGUGGGAUGCACUAGCAAGCCGUUCUGGGAGCAUUGAGGAUUGCCUUCUCCCACAGUUGAAUGAACAGUGGAAUGACAUCCGGUUUCUUUAUUAUGUGAAGGUAGGUGAUUUCCAAAGAGAUAUGCUUAAGCUACAAGCACACCUCAAUUUCUGUGGGAUAAUACUUACAGAUAAAGAUAUGAUUCAAAACACAUUGUCUACUUUCCCUUUGUCAUCUGUUAUUCUAGCCAACCAAUACCGCAUAGAAGUUAAUAACAAGAGAUUAACAACUUUCAGCAAGUUGAUCAACUUAUUGCGGGUGGCCAAAAGGCACAAUGAAGUUCUAGCAAACAACAAUGCUAGAGCCCCCGGGAAGAAUAAAACUCCCGAGGCUAACUAUGGCAAGGAUAACAAGGGAAAAUACCCCAAAGAAAAGAGGGUUAAAAAUGUUGAUUCAUAUUCUCAUGCUCUAUACUCACGUGGGGAUAAUAACCCACGUGGAAGAGGACAAAGGGGCCAUCGUGGAAGGGGCCAUGGGCGUGAGGGCCAUGAGCGUGGAUGCCAUGGGCAUGUAGGCCAUGGACGUGGAGGCCAUUCAAAUACCUGGUCUAGAGAUGUUACUUCUGGACCUAGUGGUAGGGGCAAUACUGUUGAAAAAACACAUAAGAACUCCGUGUCUAAGAAGGUCGAGAAUGAGAAUGCACCUUGUUACAGGUGUGGAAUAUCCGGACAUUGA